UCUGCCCGGAGCGGCCCUUAUUCCACACAUUUACAUCAGCCGGCCCACUCAUUACCAUGUUUUAUAUCCUCCUGCGCGCAGAAAGCGUCAUGGCAAAGCGGCUCCAUCCUCCCCUCCUACAGGGAAGUCAGUGAACUUUCGGAGCAGGUGUCGCGCACAGAAACUCCCCCCAAAAAUCCUGGAACUUUAUUUAUUUUAAACUUAUUAUUCGAUUUUAAUCAGAAUUCAUUUGACCAUCCCGUGCUUAUGUCGUGUUUUUAAUGUUCUCCAAAAUGGUUUCAAAGCUGACGUCCCUGCAGCAGGAGCUCCUGAGCGCCCUGCUGGACUCAGGAGUCACCAAAGAUGUUCUGAUCCAGGCGCUGGACGACAUGGACCCCAGCCCGCCGCCGCCGCAGGGCUUCGGGGUGAAGAUGGAGAACAUGUCCAUGUCGCCGGAUAAAAUGAACGGCGCCGACUCGGACUCCAAGCCCGUCUUCCACACGCUGACCAACGGACACGUCAAGGGAAAGCUGUCCGGGGACGAGGGCUCCGAGGACGGGGACGACUACGACACGCCGCCGAUCCUGAAGGAGCUGCAGUCGCUGAACACGGAGGAGGCCGCGGAGCAGCGCGCGGAGGUGGACCGCAUGCUGGCAGAGGACCCAUGGCGAGCUGCUCGUAUGAUCAAAGGUUAUAUGCAGCAACACAACAUCCCCCAACGGGAAGUGGUGGACAUAACGGGGCUGAACCAGUCUCACCUCUCCCAGCACCUCAACAAAGGCACGCCCAUGAAAACUCAGAAGCGAGCUGCUCUCUACACCUGGUACGUCAGGAAGCAGCGGGAAAUUCUUCGACAGUUUAACCAGGCAGCACAAGCUUCUGUCGGCAGUUUGUCUGACAAAGGCAGCCAGGAUCCAGCCUUUUUCUACCCUGAGUACAACACGUCAGGUCCAGGCAUGGGUCAGUCUAACGAGGAGGUCGGCAGUGAGCCCCUUAGUAAAAAGAUGAGGCGGAACCGUUUCAAAUGGGGUCCUGCGUCCCAGCAAAUCCUGUACCAGGCCUACGAGCGGCAGAAAAAUCCCAGCAAGGAAGAGAGGGAGGCUCUGGUGGAGGAGUGCAACAGAGCUGAGUGUCUUCAGAGAGGUGUCUCCCCCUCCAAAGCUCAAGGACUCGGCUCUAAUCUGGUCACCGAAGUGAGAGUUUAUAACUGGUUUGCCAACAGACGCAAGGAGGAAGCUUUCAGGCAAAAGUUGGCCAUGGAUGCCAUCCAUGCCCCCUCGCAUGGCAUCAACCCUCUGCUGUCGCACAGCUCACCUCAUCAUCCCCAGACCAGCGCUUCACCUCCAAUGCGUUACAGCCAAGGGCCUGGCGAAGUGUCCUCCUCCACCGCCAUCAGUCACCACAGCAACAACAGCCAGUCGGUGCUCCAGCAGGUGUCCCCGGGAGGACUGGACCACAGCCACAGCCUGCUCUCACCUGAUGCCAAGAUGAUUUCAGGCUCAGGCGGAGGACUUCCUCCGGUCAGCACACUGACAAACAUCCACAGUUCCCAUCACAGUCACCAGCAGACACAGAACCUAAUUAUGCCUCUGUCUGGAGUCAUGGCUAUAGCACAGAGUUUAAAUACGUCACAGUCUCAGACGGUGCCAGUGAUCAACAGUGUGGCAGGGAGUCUCGCAGCUCUCCAGCCAGUGCAGUUUUCCCAGCAGCUCCACAGCCCCCACCAGCAGAGCUUGAUGCAGCAAUCUCCCAGCCACAUGAGCCAGCAGCCGUUCAUGGCCACAGUUUCUCACUCACACAUGUACUCCCACAAACAAGAGCCCCCUCAAUAUUCUCACCCAUCACGUUUCCCCCCCGCCAUGGUGGUCACAGACGCCAACAGCAUCAGCACCCUCAGCUCCAUGUCCUCUAGCAAGACGGACGCUCCUGUAAACAAGAUGGUGCAACUCGGGGGUCUCUCCUGGUGUCCGCUUCAAGCUUGGUGAGAGCUUCCAACCGACUUCCCCGCUGCUCGGCAACCGGAGCACAUUUCUUCACCCCCUCGCUGAGGUUAACAUGAUAACUCUUAAUGGCCUGCCGCGUGCUGGACGACGAGUUAGUCAACAAACAUGGAUGAGCGGCGGCUGAGCAGGCGAGGCUGUGGAAGGGAGACAUUGGGGACAGAGUCUGGAUCCACCUCUGCAGCGCAUGAAUGAUCAACAAGGAUGUUUAUGAUUCAAACUUAAAUCUUUAAAAAAAACAGUGUUCAGUUGAAAAAGGAAAAAAAAAGUCAUCUUCUGUCGUCACACAAAGGAACAAAAGCACCAGAAAAAAAAACUCUGUUGACCUUAAAAAAAAGGACUGGAUGACUUAAACUGGGAAAAUGAAGACAUUGAAAAAGAGAGGACUGGGGACACGUUGUCUGCACUCAAGUGACCCUCCUGACAAUCACAACCACUAUUGAUCUUCUGCAUACGUUUCUUUCUGGUCUUUAAAGGAGUCUUCCAUGUUUUUCUUUCACACUAGGUUUACUCUAUCAGCAUUACUGCAAAUUAUUGCUUUGAGUCAUUCAUUGUGUAUACUGUGAUUUGAAAAGACUUUGACAAUCUUAAAAGGGACUAUGCAAUGCUUUGUAUAACUGGAUUCUGCACAAAACUCCACACACUUGAGGCUGGAAGGAAAUAUGCACUAUAUAGCUGAUGUAUAUUCUUAAAAAAUAACAACAAAAAAA